AAAGUGAUCUUUUACAUGAAUGUCCUAUGAUGUAAAAAAAAUUCUCUUGGUUGCUGUUUAUUUAUUUUUUUUUUUUCAUUAUUCAUCAAUGUGUAAGAUUAUCAAACAUUCAGCAGAAUAAAAGUUUGAUCUCAAAUGGCAUUCCUUUCCUCAGAGGAUUCACCUAUGAUAGAGCCAGAGUCACAAAGGUUUUGUAUGGAGAAAUUUACAUAAGUCUGUCAAUAGAGUAAGACUCUUGUUUAUACGUAGUAAUGAAUGGAUGGUAAAUCUGUAAACUGAAAAAAUGUGAGAAAGCCACAAAUUCUUGGCUACAUGGAGGAAAUAGCACUUGAAAUAGCCAAAUACUAAAAAUAGUACAGUAGUAGUAGUAGUAGUGCUCUUCCUAUAAUAUCCUGUAUGCCCAGUUAUUAUGCUUUUGUAACACAUUAAACAGUAUAGAAAGUAGAUAAUAUUGAUACCAGUGACCCAAAGGUGAAAUUCUAUAAGAGUUAAUUAAUUAAUAAUGUUUGUAGCAAUAUAUUUCGGGUAUCUCAUUUCCCUAUCCUGCACUGUAAUCAUUCCGUUGUUUGGAGACAGGAUGGAUGACCAGUUUCAAAUAAUCCCGCCACACCUGCAGGUUUGCUCUUGAUGUGUAAGCAUAGGAGGAAUACUAGAUCAAGGAAGAAGAAAUGGGGGAAAAGAAGAAGUUAAAGAAGGAAGGAGAGGAACUAUAAGGAGGAAAAGGACAAGGGGAAUCAAAACAGAAAGACGUGACAUUAAUCACCCGGCCAUCACAUCAUCUCCCUCCACCCAGCUUCAACGCAACAUCUUUACAUUUUUCGUUAUUCCUUCAAUCAAAGUCUUCCUGUCUUCUACCAUUCAUAAUUAUCGCCUCGUAACCUUGGUAGAAACACGUCGAUACAGGUCAUUUGCAGCCCUUCGAGCGGUAUGAAAUAGCUUGCAUCUUGAACCGUCUCCAUGGCAACGACGUGCCAGCGGGAUGUGAUUCGCUGAUUGAUGCUGCCAUAAAAACCCUUAAUAACAGGUUUUCGAGAUUCAAAUAAGGUUCCUUGGUUGUUUCUACACCUAAAGUACCCAUAUAAUGAGUAGGGCGGAGUAUAUGACCGCCAACUAUGCGUAGUUUCUGUAAAUGAGGACAUCGAUGGCAGUCGUGUAGUGAUCGAAGAAGCGGUGUUGCCAUCGGGGGGGGAUGGCGGGCCGCGGGGAGCAAGGACGAGCUGGGCCACGCAGAACACGGUGGGGCGGUGGGUGCAGGGACUGCACACGGGGAGGACUGUAAGCUGCCUGCACGUAAGUCAUCUGCAAAUAUUGGGUCUUCGAUCCAGCGUGUCCCUCGUCAGUGCGCAGCGGGCGCGAUGUCCUUCCCGGUGCUGCAGGUGGCGUCCUUGGCAGGUGACCCACCCCUGGAUGAGGCCACGGGGCCAGGUGAUGUCCUUCCCCCGGUGGCCAGCAACACACCUGUGCGCAGUGCUGUAUAUUCCAUCGGAGAGUCGUCCAAACGGUCACGCUCAGCAGGACUGAUAGGAUGUGGGCGUGUGGCACCCUUCACCCAGGUCGCACCUGCCACCGGCUCGAACCCCGCUCAUCGCCCACGGUCCAGUCCGCGCCCCGGCCACCGCCGCCGCGCCCGCAUCACGCCCUUCCCCACCGCGGCACAAUCCAGGCACGAGAAUAGUCACUGUGUCGGGCACGGGGCUGAAGGUAGCGGCGGCUCACUUCUGCCCAAAUGGCGGCGGGGCACGGGGCACCACAAUGCCGCCACCUCCUUGGCCAGUGGGAUCAGCGCCCUCCUGCCCAAACCCUUUGCUGCCUCGUCCUCCCCAGUCAUAGCAAGCAGCUCCACGUGCACGGCCAAGGCCAGCCAGUGGUCAGGGAAGUGCUCUGUGCCCACUAUCAGCAUAGACACUCACUCCUCCUCUUCCUCCUCCUCCCUCUCCUCUACAUCACACCCUGUCAAGACUGCCUCUCAAAAUGGGGAAUGUAAGGACAUCAUCAGCUUGGAGAACAGCAAGUAUGUGACGGAGAGGAUCCACAACCUGGUGUCGGCCUUCAGCCAGCGUGCCAACAGAGUUAAGGAACACAUCACACAGCCCCCAACACCCUCCACAGAUCUCUCUGAGGGAGCAGAGGAUGGGCAGAACAAGAUAGGGGAGGUCCGGCACACCCUGGACUCAAUAGAAGGAGAAGAGCCAGCAACCAAAGGGUCCGACCUCCUCAUGGUAGGCCUGGGGGGGCGGCAGGCAUGGCUGAGGCAUCACCUCCACCUCCUCACAUCCAGUCUCACCUUCCCCAGGGCCUUUGAGCCUCAAAGUCGUCUGUACAUCACAUGGCUGCUGGUGGUGACAUUUGCCUACAUCUACAAUGCUUGUGUCAUCCCGCUGCGCUCAGUGUUUAGCCACUACCAGACUGAUGACAACCUGGCAUGGUGGCUGACUACAGACUGCCUGGCUGACCUCAUCUACAUCACAGACAUAGUAGUGUUCAAGUCUCGGGUCAUGUACCUGGACAACGGGUUUUGGAUCAGCUCUGCCUCACUCACGCGGCGCCACUACUUUAAGACGGCUCGGUUCAGGUAUGACCUGGUGUCCUUGCUACCUCUGGAUUUGUUGUACUUUAAAUUUGGUCCCAUCUCCAUCUUCAGGAUUCCAAGGCUUUUCAAGAUCCAGACUUUUUGGGAGUUCUUCAAUCGCCUGGACUCAGUGUUGUCAUCGCCACAUGCUGUGAGGGUCAUUCGCACCGUGCUGAACAUGUUGUUCCUCAUCCACCUCAACACCUGUGCCUACUAUGGUUUCUCCAAACUUGAGGGGAUUGGAUCCAAUAAAUGGGUGUUCCAGGGAGUUGGCAAUGCGUAUAUCCGUUGUUUCUACUUUGCCACCAAGACAGCCACCAGCAUUGGCAAGAACCCUAAACCCGAGAAUAAGGCAGAAUAUGUGUUCAUGACAUGUUCCUGGCUCAUGGGCGUGUUUGUGUUUGCUCUCCUUAUUGGUCAGAUUCGGGACAUCGUGGCCACAGCGACGAGGAACCAAAAUGAGUAUCGGAGAGUUAUGGACCACACUCAGGCCUACCUCCACCGCCUCAACCUGCCGACCACUCUUCAAGAACGGGUCCGCCUGUGGUUUGCCUACACGUGGCAGAGUCAGAAGACCCUAAAUGAAAUGAAGUGUCUUGAGAGUCUGCCAAAGAAGAUGCGUACAGACAUUGCCAUCAGUGUCCAUAUACAGACUCUGUCCAAGGUUCAGCUCUUCCAAGACUGUGACAAGGCUCUUUUCCGAGACCUUGUGUUGAAGCUGCAGCCUGUUCUUUAUCUUCCUGGAGACUAUGUGUGCAAAAAGGGUGAAGUGGGAAAGGAGAUGUACAUUGUGCAGUCUGGCCAGGUGCUGGUGAUGGGAGGUGACAAGGUUCUGGCUACUCUGGGGGAAGGCAGUGUGUUUGGGGAGAUCUCCCUCCUUGCCCUGGCUGGUGGGAACCGGAGGACAGCUAAUGUCAGGUCUCGAGGGUUCAGCAGCCUUUUUGUGCUAAGUAAGGCAGACCUUCAAGCAACAAUCAAGGACUACCCAGAGGCCCAGGAGAUACUCAAAAAGAAAGCAAAGAAGCUGAUUCAACAAAAUGAGGAACGGGAGCGACAGGAGCCUACAGCUGAUGAGAAUGUCAUCAUCAAGUCAAGGGAAGCCACACCCAAGCUCCUCCACACUGUGCUGCAGGUGGUUCGUCCAGACUCCUAUACAGCAAGUGUUAUUCGGAGGUCGUCCCGCUCGUCCCAGAGCUCCCUGCCACUCUCCUGCCCCUGGACCUCCUCCCAAGCCUCCCCCUUCACCUCAGCCUCCUCUUCCACCUCCCAUGAUCCUAAUCACAGAAGGUCCAGUAGGAGCUCUGCCUCAGGCCAUAGAAGGUCAUCUCUUGAAGUACCUGCAGCCUUGGCAGGCCACAGGGAUAGCACCGUGGCUAAAGUGAGUCUGUCUGAGAGUUUGCAAGAAGAAGAGGAAGAGGAGGAGUUUGUGAUCGUGGAGACUUGCAAAGAGCCAGCCAGUCCUGCCUCCUCCUGCCGCAGCCACCACACCACCAUCACCCUCCACCACUCCUCUCACCCCUCCAGCCCCAUUCCACACCCUACAGCUUCUCCAUGCAUGUCUUCAUCAUCACAUGAAGAUGUUUUUGACUCAGACUCAGACACUGAGAAGCCGCUAGCAGGUCAGGGCUAUAGUAAGGGAGAUUCACAUGGUCAGGGGAGUUGUGAGAGUGAGUCCAAGGGAUACAGGACUCCUACCCCGGAGCACUGGUGGCCUGGCGUCAGUAAGUUCAAUGAGUCUCUUGCCUCAUCACAGCAAACAUCAAAGGAAGACCUUAUACAGCUGUCACCAAUAAAGGAAAAACAAACAGUCCAGAUAACCACAGAGGACUCCAACAAAAUCAAGCAAGUUUCUAGUGAUUUGCUAAACACAGAACAGCAGCAUGUUGGUGGUCAAGACACUGUUUCAGGAGGGGACAGAAAUUCAGCUGUUCAGACACCUGCAAGUGAUUUACCAAAUGGCUCUGUCACUAAUAGUUUCAGCACAGCUAAUGAUAUUCAAAAGAUAAAUGAUAAUGUUGGAGGACAGUCAUCUCACUGUUCACCUGCCAUGACCCAACAAACAGUCAAAAGAGCUCAAUCAAGUACCAUGAAAAGUACCAGUGACAAAAGGAAAGGUAGCAGCACCAGUAGCAAGGAGAGCCUCCAGCAUGACAGCAGUGCAAAGGAAGACAAUCCUUUCACUGACCCUAAUGAGGAAUCUAAGAAAAAUAUAAAGCAGACAAAGAUUUCUGAAAAUUUGGAUCAAGUUAACAUGUCAUUUCAGCCACAACAUGCUGAGGAAUCAAGCUGCGGCACAAGCACUAAUGAAUCCAAACAUGGCCAAAGCAAGAGUGCCAAGCAGCUAAAUGAAACACCGCUCUCCAACACAGAGCUCCUUGCCUCAGCGCACCAACCCACCAGCAUCAGUGCCGGCAGUACCGAGAACCUGCUCAUCAAGUUUGGGCUGAAUCAUGGCAACAAAGAGAGGAGCUUUUUCAGCAGCUCACCGGCCCAGGAGUCCCACACCUCAGCCUCCCCCGUCUCUUAUGACCUGUUCCUCACCGAACUCUCCAAGACAAUGCCCAACACCUUUGACCAGGUACCCAUUCUUUCUAGCCCUUCCCUGUCUCUCAACUCAGGAGGUUCCCUGCCCUGGCAGCAAUCAUCCUUGCUCUCCCCUCCUCCCCCCUCCCCCUCCAGCACCAUGGUCCCACACCAGAUUUCCUGCUCAGCCAUUGUCCAUCGGGAAUGUUCCUCACCCGAAACCUCUCCUUUUGAUGCCCAAGAAUCUAAGCUGUAAUUAUUGAUCAGAACAUAAUCCUAAGAUUAAACUGAACUGGCUACAACCCCACAUUGUAAAACCAAAUCCAUCAGUGGCCAUCUCAAAAAAAUAAUUUUCUCAAUUAUUUUGGUUUUAAUGUCUCUGCUUCUUCAAAACAUUUCUAAUGGUAUGAUGGCUUGCUAUGAAAAGUAAUUGUCAUACAGUUCAAGCUUAGUAAAGUCUAUGGGGUAUAAUUUGAUAAGUUAAACAAUUUUUUUUGUGAAUCAUAAUCAGUCUUAAGCAAAUUUGUAACAAGUAAUUGCACUUUUUCAGACUCAUUUGUCUCUGACCCUUGAUUACUUGAAUCAUAAUUUUUUGACAUGCUUUUUUUUGGAUAAUUAUUAAUACAUUUGCAGCCUCUUGGUGAAGCAUAAUUAAUAUCUUUGGGUUUAGUAAACAAAGAAAUUCCAAAUAUGAUAACAGAAUCACAAUAAUAGUAGUUAUUUGUGAUGCCUUUAUAGUUCUAUAACAAUGCAUAAUAGUGGUUGCCUUACUAGUAGUGAAAAAAAAUACUAUUGUAUUUGUAGAAAUGCAAAAUAUUGCAUUAUUGUCAAGAGUUCUUAUAUUUGAUAAGUAAAUACAUGAAAUUUAAAUAUGGCUACUUCCAAAGGUUAAUAUAGUAUAUGUAAUAUUUAUAUAUAGCCAUCUAUAUAUCUGUCUAUAAUACUAUAUAUAUUUAUUUAUAUUCAUCUUUAUUUAUUUAUUUCUUUUUUUUUCAAUUUUACUUAUUUAUCAAUUUCUUCAUUGAAGGUAAAAUAUCUUAACUAGAUCCAUAUUGCUUGGUAGCCCAAAUGAUGUUAUUUUGAUUAAGUUCAAUAAAAAUCGAAUUUGAAGUAUAUAUUCCAUGACAGAUAUUGAAUAUUAUAUUAGUUGUGUGAUAUUAAUGCCUUUAGAUUUAUAUGAAGGGUACUUGAGGUUAGCAAAUAAAUUUUGCAUAACUUUUGGUUAUAGGAACUAAAAAGUGUUUGCAGAGGAGAUUGAAAGGGUAUUGAAUAUAGGCAACUCAUGCCACAAAGCUCUGCCAUGAUGGACAUUGACCUGCCACCACCAAGAAAUUCCUAACUUGCCUUUGCAGGGGUAAAACAGGCACCUUGUUACAGAGCCAUUGAGGGAGAUUUCAGUAAAAGAUGUUAACUGAAGAUACGAGAAAGAGUAACUGACAACACUCAGUAAGCUAAGUUUGUUGAGGUCAGGGCUCUUCAAAACACAGGUCCACAAAACCAGUGCUGUUUUGCAUUACUGCUUAAUGAGUCGACAUCUUUGUUGUCUAUUACCCCUCCCUCCCCCAAAAUUAAGCUGUCAUAUGUUGUACUGUGCUAUCAAAAGCCUUGCAAUAAGACCAUGAGGGUUAUACAUAAACCAAAUUUGAAUGGAGUAAGGUCAAGUAAAAUAUGAUUCUGAAGAUCAUGGGUCAAGGUUACUAGCAGUAGAGGAAGGAAAUAGUUGGGACACUAAGGGCAUUUGUGUGCCACUAUUAGAUAAGCACUUGAAAGUGAGAGGAAUAUGAAAUAUUUUCUUAAUAAUAUUUUAGAAACACCCAUGGGCUCCAUGUUGUACUGCAGAAAGCCUUACUGUAUCUGAAUAAAAUAAUCUAUUUAUAGAGAAUAUAUUAUAUAUUUACUAUUAUAACAGUGGAUAAUAUAUAAUAAAUAUGUUAUAUAGA